GGGCUCAAGAAUUUAUUUUUAAGCUCAAUAACAGAGAGAGAAAUCUUCUUUUAGAGGAGUUGCAAAGGUUUCAAACUCAAGCAACUGCUAUAUCUGGUCAUGACAAAGCUGACCCUCCAAGUAAAUCUCAAUUGCAAAUUCUUGCUGCACAUAGUGCCAUGCCUUUUAUUGGAUUUGGCUUCCUGGAUAACUUAAUUAUGAUUUUAGCGGGUGAUUAUAUUGAUACAACUAUUGGAGUUACUUUAGGAAUCUCUACAAUGGCUGCUGCAGGUAUGGGGAACACCUUGUCUGAUGUUGCAGGAAUAGGGUCUGCUUGGUAUGUUGAAAGGUUUGCAUCCAAAAUUGGUGUAAAAACACCAUCACUUACUCCUGUUCAGUUAGCCAUGUCUCGGUCCCGUUGGUGCAUAAAUCUUGGCCGUGCCUUUGGAGUAACAAUUGGCUGUUUGCUUGGAAUGUUACCACUUCUUUUUCUUAGAGGUAAAGAGAAACCAGUAGAUGCUGAAGAGUAGUAUUUA